AUGGAGGAAACGGGGGUUGGUAUUAACCUUGGUACAUCGUUGUUCAUGGUAUCAUUGGCACUUGGCAUCGCCGGUUGCAUUACUCUCUUACUGAAUGCAGUACUAACAGGAGCCUCUGACAUAUUCUCUUACCAGCUGGCCACCGGCUUUGACAUCCAUCCCAAUGCCAACCUAGCGACGGUAAUACUGGUAAUAUUGGUGAUAUUACAUGCACUUGGGUACUACUGUCAAUACGCCAAGACACCGCUCAUUAAGUGCCAUCAAUGGCUACUGGUCACAGGAUCACUUACGGUCCUGGUAGCCGCUGCGGCCGUACUGUUGGCUACCAAGGGACACCAGGUAGAUACCGAACAGAUAGGUUACUCUAACACUGCUCUCACCGGAAUUCAACUGAUGGCACUGACGGCAUUUGUUGUUUGUACUUACAAAUCUGGAUGUUUCGGGAAAUGUAACUCAAAUGCCAGGCUAGUGUUUUAUGUGUUCGUCGGGAUAUAUGCAUUGUGGUUACUUGCAUAUCUCGCCGCGUGCGCUGGCUAUGUGAUAUUGUACAAGAAAUUAAUGUACAAUGAAGAUAGUCAUAGGAGUUUUGGACUCAAUCCAUACGAAACGAUACCACUAUCUUAUAAAAGAAUUCCAUGCGUCAACUAUGUGCUACUUGUAAUACUCAUCUUCAGUGCCUACCAGGUAAACCUCUGUUGUAUACCUAUUACUGGCACUGAGUGGACCUUCCUGUUGCUGUUUGGUAUGUGUGCCGGUAUAGUACUAACGGUGGUCAUGAAUUACCAGGGUGGUAGCACUGCUUUGAACGCAACGGUAAGACACGCACUAAGUGCAUUGGCGGCAGUAAUCAUGACAGUCUUACUGAUGUAUAGUUACUUCAAAGAGCCGUUUGUCCAGAUGGUACCCGGCAGAAAGUAUACAGCGUCGGACCUACUAUUUAUAGUUUUGGCUGUACUAAUAGCGAGUAUUACCAUGGUACUGUUGAUCAAGUGGAAGGGAGGUAUUGAUAGUGGUGCAGAAUGGACCCUCUAUACCUUCCCACCCGUUAUGGUGGUAUGCAUUGCCAUAGAGCUUGGGAUGCUCCAUUUUGGAUGGGUCCGUGGCAGUUCUUGUGACGUCGUUUGGCAAGCUGUCACAGUGAUCCUGGUAGUAGAGUGGGUAGCUACACUUGCCAGGGUACUUAUAGAGGCAUUUGAUGGUAGUGGCAACUACGGUUCUACACAGCACUACCCACUAGUAAUACUCCACCUAUUACUACCAGUGGCCACUCUACUAGUAUGUCACUAUCGCAUGCCAUUUCCAGGUAAGUACCAGAUAUGGAGCUGGAGCGUAGGACUGUGGGACACAAUGCUACUACUGCUGGUACUGGAGUCACUAGUGGUCCUGGUAGUAGCGAUGGUACUGAUGUACCAGGAAGCUGGUUACGACAGUGGUUGUUGUGUCCUGGUAGCUAUACAUGCCAUUGUACACGGCACUGCACUUGGUAUAGUGCACUUCAAGGAACCCCUGUCACAGUAUUGGCCCAGGAACCGGGUGGCUUGUGGAGUGCUCAGUUUGGUGUCACUACUGGUGUGGCUAGGAGUAGCCAGUUAUGGAACUAUCCAACCUAAAGUGAGUGGCCAUUUCGACGGAGUAUUUUAUUGCUUGGUGGCAUACGCCUGCAUUACAUUUGUUGGUGCUACGUACUAUGGCUUCCGUGGUGGCCUUGUACAGGGCACUUGCUUCAGUAAGAAGAGCACUGGUAGCCCUGCGCAGCUACAGGGCAGUGAAGAGACAGUGAGUAGUGCAGCAGACACCGUAGAAGUCGCAGGAGACACUGAGUAG